UCGAAUUUCAUCAUAACGGCCGUUGCUAUAUUACUUUUCUUAGCAAAAAUAAAAACAAUUGUUUAAUGAAUUAAAACUUCUUAAAGCAAUGCUUUUCAAAUUAUCUGACGGUACUAUAUUUUGAUAGAAUAAUAAUGGAAGCUAACGAUUUUAUUACGAAACUCAAAGCGGACGGGACAGAGAAAGAUUUGUGCGAUCUUGACAAAGUUUUUGUUGAUUACAAAGCAAUUUUGGAAAAGCUGAGCGCCAAUGAUCGUGGUCCAUUUUCUCUGAAUGUUCUGUGUAUUUUAUGCAGGAACUUGGAUAAAGUUCCAUCAUGGAGAGACAAGAUAGACGACAAGUUGUUACUCACAUUAAGUAUUGACUGCGUCAGGGAGACGCGUGUUUUGGACCGCCCGGGACAUGUGAAGACGUUAGCUUGCAUAUACCAUAUACACAGACAUGUUAUUAGGAAGAAAUCGCAGGUACCACCACAGUUGGUGUUGAAAAUUUCAAUGAUGCCGUUCGAAUGUGACUCGGAGACAUUGCUGAAUGAAUACUUCAAGACUUAUUGGAGCAUUGUAGCUGAUAGACUAACAUAUAUAGAAUAUCUCAAGUCAAAGAAAGCACCCAUUGUAAAGUUACUCCCAAAAUUGACUGAAGAUAUAAUGAAAGUUAUCCAAAUAUAUGAUACAGCACAGUAUUGCAUCAAUAUAUUGGUAUUUUUAGUGAAGAAACUACAUUCGUUAUACAGUGACGACUGUCCGAAGGACCUGAACGGAGUAUACGGACAGAUAUUUGAUAGAUUCGCAAAGAAGAAUGAUUUGAAAUCGUUCAAGAAGCUAACGGAUAGAGAAGUGAUGGAUUUGUAUAUAAAACUGAACGAAUGUCUGUACACAAUUGUGGAUAACUUGUCCAGAAUGAAUUUUGAAGAGUCCGUACUGGGUAAUGUUGUGCGUACAUGUAUUAUGUUCCUGGGACAUCGUCCCGACAUAUUCCACUGUUUGCAAACGUUCUAUUUGAAUUCCUUUUGUAAUAUAUUCCAUUAUACAAAGAAUCCAACAUACAUAGAGACAAUAUUUAAUAGUUUAUUACUUUCAUGUGAGAGCACAGAGAAAUUGGGUUAUGGGAAAGCUAUGUACGCUACGUAUCCAUUCUUAAACCAACUGCUAAGAUUGCACAUUGAAUAUUUAGUAAAUAAUAAAAAGAAAUGGACAGACCAUUUCACGGAACAAUCACAAAUAUAUUGUUUAAAUUUCACACUGUUAUUAAUGGAGAAGUCUAGAAAGACCAUUCAAUCGGUGAAAUGCGAGAAUUGUAAAGUCCAAUCCGGAGUGCACGAUGCUUUACGCCUCUCGUUUCUGACCAAACACUUUGUCACCAUGUCUGUGGAUCAGGGAAUAAAUAUAAACAACAUCUUACCAACAUAUUACCAGGUAAUAGUGGAACAACAUAAUAUGUUGAGCGAAUUAUGCUCCUUAAAUUGUUCUAACCAUCAUAAAUGUUUUCGUAAACUGCAAACCGACGUGCACAACACAGCAAUCGUGUUAAACAAAGCGCAGUACUAUGAAUAUUCAAUAAAAUUAUUUAAUACAUACCUUAAGCACGAAAUUAGCUGUUUUAAAAAUGAAAUUGAGCUUAAAAAUAUAAGUAGGGCAUUGUAUAAUAAAAGUAUAUGCGAAUUGGAUUGUAAAAUGUAUGAAGAAGCACUAAAAGAUACAUUUUUGAGCUUGGUUUUUGCACAACCCGAUGGGGUGAGCUCAGAUAAGUAUCUGAGCUUAGCGAUGGAUAUAAAGGCUAAAGCGUUGAAGAAUGCUGACGAGGAUGAUGACGACCAGGAUACGCUGCAGCUGAUGUCUGUGUUGGAGGCUUGUAAAAUGUGUGUUGACAACAGUGUGUAUGGGAAUUUGAAGCCAUUUUUGGCGCCAUUACAGUUUAGUACACUGUUGAGACAUGAAUUCUCAAUGUACGCGAAGCUCUGGCCGUCUGUGGUACCAAUAGCUGGUGUUUGGAGGUCACUGAAUGACUUGGCAAAGGGGCAGCAUCCGGCUUGGCUGACAAGCGAGGACACGGAAGUAUUACAAUGGACGCUGUACGAAGUAAUGAUGGAAACACCAACAGUUGUUAGGUUAAUACAUUCUCAGUACUACAGGGACAUUGUCACAGAUGUUCUGGACAGGAUGGAUCGGACUCCGGGAUCGUCGACUAAAUUAAAGAUGGCCCACGCUACCAUACUGUAUUUGAAAGCGGAGUAUGAUCUGGCCGAGGCGAGCCAGAAGUACGGAUGGAAGGACGCCGAGCCUAGCAUGGAUCCUGAUCAACUCCAGUCGGUUCGGACCCUGUCUCAAGAACACGAAGCCCUGCAGAGAGCCAUACAAUCCGUCGAGAUGUGGAUGGGUGUUCAUACAUUCUCAGAUAUAAGUAGCUGGGAGACGGCGCGACCGGUGCUGGCGGUGGCGCAAGUGUGCACGAUGCAGCUGCUGCAGUCGCGGCAGCCGGCGCCCGCGCUGCAGCUGGCGCUACUGUGCUGCGCCCUGGCGGACACACUGGCCGACAGGUCAGCGUACCUUCGGAAUGCGGGCAUCAUCCUUUACCACGCUGCCAAGCCGAACAGCUACAUAGCACAGCUCCUAGCCACUGCUACCAAAUACUGUGCCGACCUCGUCAAGGUGAAGGAGACCUUGGAUACAUCGCUUAUAUUCAUCUGUGACGCAGCGAUAUAUUACACGAGAUGCGGCAGGCUGGGCACGGCGGCCAAGUUGGUGCAAUAUGCGCAGGCGCAGGUUUUGAGUGCGUACGAGCGGUACGGAGACAUCAAUCUGGACCUGUCAGUUGGACGGUUACUGGAGGCGCAGUGCAAGAUGGGCAUCUCCGCCCCGCUCAGCACCACCACCGCCGUCCAGCGGCACUACCUGGCCUUCAACAGCGCUGGUGGCACGUGGUCGGCGCGGCGACUGAACGGUUUGAUCUGCCGCUACCAGUGCGGCGUGGCUAGCGUCGGCGCGGUCGGCGCGGCGGCGGCGCGAGGCCGGCCCGGCGCCGCCGCCGCCGCCGUUCUGCCGUCCGCCGGCGCUGCCCUCCGCGGCUUACUGCAUGCGGCACGCGCCGACACACAUCGUGCGCUUGAUACGCAGGUAAUAAUCGACAACCGCCUAAAAAUUAUACUAGGCCUCCAACCCUCGAGCGUCCAACCGCCCCAAAUACAACCCCAAAAACAACUGCACUUCACCCCGAAGCAAAACAUCGAAACCAUGUUGGAGAAUAUGACAUUUAAAAAGACACAAACUAGUCCAACCCUCCCGUGCAUAUCUGUGCCGAGCUUCAACACGCCGGACUUCUUAAAACAUGUCGCGUGCCGUUGCUUUGCCUGCCAACACCCUUACAGCUACAUUAUAGCAUCCUGCACCGCCGCUCUCGAAGCAUCCAUGUACUUCAGAGCGAACGAAACGGACAUAGCCAGGAAUUACUUCGACGGGGCGUUAAACUGUUUCAAAUUGGCCGAAACGAAAUUGAAUGAACUCUUACAAAGUUAUAGAUGUAAAUACGAGAAAUUUAUAGUGGACAUAGUGGAGAGUAAUUUGAUGGAGGAAUUUAACAGAUUCCAAGUGCGGAAUCUGAUAGAGGCGGCGUAUUUUGAGUUGUCGUUGAAAAAUUACGAGAAAGCCGAUGAGUAUGUGGUAAGAAUACAUGAGGUGAUGCAGGAGGUGGACAAGUUUGAUGGUUUCCUGCGCAAUGACGUCAUGAACUUGAUGAUAGCGUCCGCACAGCUGCGGAAGGUAACGAAAAAACCGGUUGAAACCGGUCUAGAAGCGGAAUUGGAAAGUUUGAAAUUGUCUCCGUCUAACGAGGUUGAACCUCCAAAAACGCCCGAGACCAAACCGAAGAAACCUCCGAAAAUGACCAGAAUUGUGGUCAAAGACGAGGAGAUACUUAAGAAGCGGAAAGUCAUUAAGCUAAACCUGGACGAGACUGAUGAAAAGGAGCAAGUUACGACCAAAAACAGUAAUAAGAAGGAACAGUUCAAAAUACCAGUACCCGUGAUCAGGACCAGGCACGUACUCGAGUCUAUAACGCCGAGAAAUACACGCUCCAAGCCAACUGUAGUAGUCACACAGCCAAGCGAAGAGACGAACACUCCCGCACCGGACAAGUCUAACACUGAAUUCUUCACUCCGGAUUCGACGCCUGACCAAUUCUUCACACCCAUGACGUCCGUAAAAACUUACUCCAAACAAACCUUAAGACACAACAUAGUGAAGAAGCUAGAAACCGAAUUCUCAACCCCGAAAACUGAUAAAACUGACAAGCCAAAAUCGACGAUAUCGCCCGAGAAAGAGAAGCUAGAUUUGCCCAAAACAGUUAGAGCUAGUAGAUCGAAAGUGGACAGUAAGAAGUCCUUAAAACGGGCCACCAGUCCGGGAAAAUUGGAGAAGAGUUCAAAUACCAGGAGCUUAAGGAAGCCAGUUAGUUACCGAAUACCUGAGGCUAAUUAAUAUAUAUCCUGUGAUUAUAUAGAUAGAGUGUGACAAUACAAAUGCUUUGUCUAAAACAGCUCAACUUUUUUAUUCAUGUGUGCGUGAAUAGGGUUGCCAUGUACAUUUAUUACUUACUAUGUGGGAGAAAUUAAGUACGAAUAAGUUUACUAUUGUGAUCUUCUGGAGGAAACAAUAACGAUCUAUAAAAAUAUUGACAGAUUGAAGAAGAUUGAGAGAAUGUUAAUACAUUCGAUGCUCUAUCUGUAUUAUCUAAUCUCUUUCUUCAUAAAAACUAAAACCUUUUUUAACUAAUUGACUGUUUUGUCACGUUCUUUCAAAUUGGGAAUUUUGUGUAAAAGAAAGAGACAUUAUCUUCUUACCCUUAUCCCGAUUAUUAUUUGGGGUCGGCGUAAUACGUUUUCCUCUUUCAUUCUUCUCUAUUCCCAGUCAUUUCCGCAUUCACUCCCAUUCUGGCCAUAUCGUCUUUCACACAAUCCGUCCAUGUCUUUACAUAACAACAAUAACAAUAAACAUCUAAAAGAAAGAGACAAAACAGAUCAAUAGCUAAAAUAGGGUUUGUGAGGGUAAGUGCAUAUCAAACGUUUGGACUGUUUGAAACGAGACAAAGUGGUUUACGUUGUAAAGUACAUAAGUGUGAUGUCAAAAUCAUUUGCAUCAUUUUAGAGGGUGUUUUAACUGUGAAAAUAAAUAAAUUUAUUUAAGAAACGUAGGUCGAAAUAUGACAAAGAAGCUUCGAAGUUCGAGCCCCCCAAAAAGAUAUGAGGCGAGGGAUGUGUAAACGACACCUAUUGGGACAUUAAUAAUUUUGAUUCCCGCCUGUAUAGAAUUUUGUAUAUUUUUUAUCAUUUUAAAUACAUUUUGCAACCGAACAAUUUUUGUUUAUUUUGUUUAUUCUUUACUGACCACAUAACAAAAAUGUCUGGAACAAAAGGCGGACUUAAUGCUAUACAGUAUUCUCUCGUAGUCGACCUUUGGCGAAACAGAAAUGUAAUUAUGCGGUGGAAAAUUAAAAAUUGUUGAUGAAAAACAAGUGCGGACGUCUCCAUAUUGACUUAUAAAUUAUAUGACACGUACAAUAAAGAAUUACAGUACAUUAUGAUCACAUAAAUAUACUUGCAUAAAUACGUGAUAUUUUUUUUUUAUUGGAUGAAAAUGUGGUAACCCUGUCUGCGCUAACGGGAUACGCUGGCGGGGCACCAGUGAAGGGUGAUAGAUGAGAAUGAAAACAGGCCAGUUAGCCCGUCAUGAUGAAUUCAUCAGGAAUUAAUCAUGAUAGUUUCCAGGGGGGACCGCGAGGAGGUCGACCUGGUUGGGUAUAUUGCUAGCAAUGGGAUUCACAGUCUCCAUUACUAAGAAUCCCUUUUCUCCCCACACGUGUGAUAUUUUUAAAUUACUAAUUACCAAAUCCAAGUUUCUGUUCGAGCUUCAUCGAACGGCAACACUAAGAGCCGUCGGACGGUCUCGGCUUAGGUCGGCUCUGCUCGACACUUCGUGUCACGCCAUCGACGGCACCUUACGCGUAUUUUUAUUUUAUAUUGUCUUAGUCGAAUUAGAAUAACUGCAAAGAGAAUUAUAACAGCUUUGUAGUCCAAUGUUUUACCAUUAAAUCGUCAUCCUUUAUUAGUAAAGUCCUAAACACAUCGGUCCUUCGAGCCGGAUAUACCUUUUUUACCAAAGCCAAGUUUUUUUACAAAAUCCUACUACCUCUCACUUUAGUACUAUUUUCCUGUGUUCUCUCUUCAUUUCCCUUCGUCAUUUUUUUUCUGUUGUAUGUGUGCUGUUAAGUAUGUGUAUGUUAUGUAUAUAUUUAAUUGUGUAUACAUUAUAUAUGUAUGUGUAUGUAUGUAUGUAUAUAUGUUUGUAUAUGAUAAUAUUUAUAUAAUAGUGCGCCACCUACCCUUUAUCUUCUCAAUGUCCUCUAGCCAAAGGUUGUCCGGAAGAGAUUGCUUAGCGAUAAGGCCGCCUUUUGUAUCACUUCUCACUAAUAUUUACUGUAUUUGUUAUUUCUUUUUUUACUUGGUGCAAUAAAGUGUAAAUAAAU